ACAAACUGUUUCUAUUACUUUUUUCCCCCAUUUCGUGAUCAUAACUUAAUUUCUAACUAACCCCAAUUGAUUCCUCGGCUUAUCUCAAAAAGUCUCAAACUCAAUUAACAACAAAAUCCAAGCUCCAAUCAAACACAAAAAACAAGACAGAAUAACGAUAAUCACAAAACCAAUUUCAAGUUCGAAUAUUCGAACAUCAAUCAGACUAAUCAAAUGAACUUACAAAACAAUUUUCCAAUCAACUCAAUUUAAUUUAAUUUUCAUAAAAAUCAGAAAAACAAACAAUCGGUGAGAAAAGUGAUCGAUACAUUGAUAGUUGUUCUUUUUUCUUCCACCAAGAGAUGUCGCUGGUUGUAUGUUCUUUCCAAUUCAAUCACAUUGUUAGUUUAAAAUUCACAAUUAAGAAAAUGUUUUAAAUUGAUUAACCGUUGUGGUUAAAAGUAAAUGUCAUUACUGUUGAAUAAUUUAUCUUCAUUAAAGUGUCCAUUUAGAAGAAUUCUCUCUCCACCUCUUACAAUGAAUAUCGACAAAAGACUUGCCUUUGUCCAGAAAUUUAAUCCGUUAACCUGUAAUCUUGAAUGGACUUAUGUUCCUGAAGUGUAUGAUUAUGUCCAAGAAAUAGCGAGAUCUGAUUAUGGUGAUAUGCUUUGGGACCAAGAGAGGAAUAUUCUCUACAAUAAAGCGAUUGCCAAGUGUUGUGAAAAGUUAGUUGAACGUGAACCAGAUACAAUCCGAGCCAUUGACAUUGGAACUGGAACUGGAUUAUUAUCGAUGAUGGUUGUUCGUCAACUUAGCUUGUUAAAAAGAUCUGUUGAGAUUAACGCAUUUGAAUGUUUCCCGGCGAUGGCUGAAUGUGCCAAAAAAGUGAUCGAAACCAAUGGAUAUUCAAAGUCAAUAAAGGUGAUUGAAAGCCGAUCCGACGAGGCCGAAGUAUUGGAACCAGAGGAAAGAGCUUCUCUUUUAGUGAGUGAAGUUUUUGACACUGAGCUAAUUGGCGAAGGAGCAUUGAGAGUGUUUAAAACUGCUCUGUUAAAUCAUUGUAAACCUAAUCCACUUGUUGUUCCUCAUAAAGCAAGAAUUUGGGUACAAUUGGUUAAAUCACCUUGGUUAAAUAAUGGCCAUUGUUUAGCUCCAAGAGGAAUUUCAAUUGAUGGAAAUAAGUUGAACAUUUCUAUUCCCUCUGCUAUAACUCAUUGUUAUGGUUCCAAUCACUUGCAUGAUCUUCAAGCUAAUCAAUUGGUUUUAGGAAAGGAUAUUGAUCUAAUUUCGGACCCGGUGGUUGCCUUUACUUUUGAUUUCUCGGAUAUCGAAUCAUUGAAAUAUGAUGAUCAAACAACAAUUGAAUUUGUCUUGAAGAAACCAUUGAUUGGAGAGUUUGUCAAUAUCGUUUUCUGGUGGGACUUGUUGAUGGACGAUGAAGCCGAAUUUGUUUUAACUUGUGCUCCCUAUUGGGCUCAUCCAACCAAAGGUAUUGGUGGGGCAAAAAAUAAGAUCCCAUGGAGAGAUCACUGGAUGCAGGCAAUUUAUUAUCUUCCUGCUUAUUAUAAACCAUUCACUAUGGAAGUUCAAGAUAUUUUCAAGUUAAACUGUUAUCAUGAUGAGUACAGUUUCUGGUUCGAUAUUGGUACAACUCGAUCAACCAAUAGAUCAAAUUUUUGCUCCUGUGGAAUACACAAUGAUUUGAGUAGAAAUCGUAUUAGAAUGAUGACCGAUGAAAAAGUAUUGUCAACAAUUUAUCCACCAAUUUUCACCGAAAUUAAUGGUAAACGUGAUUUAAACAUUCUCUUCCUUGGUGAUGCAAGUCUCAUUCCUAUUCUAGUGGCUAAAGAUUUACAUGAAACUGGUAAAGUUUACGUUCUGAAAAGAGAUCAAACUAUGAAUAGUCGUUUCUAUGAGGAGUUUGGUCGUAGUAAUGAAAUACUUAAUCGGUUGGUGAUUGUUGAUGAGAUUCAACAGAUUGAACAAAUUCAAUUUGAUAUCAUAUUGGGUGAACCAUUUUUCGAUUCGAUAAUUUUACCCUGGGAUGCGUUUCACUUUUGGUAUUUAAUUGGUGAUAUGGCCGAAAAGGGAAUGGUAACAAUGACAACGAAAAUUUUCCCAAGCAAAGGAAGAAUUAAAAUGUUACCUGUAUCAUUUGAUCAUCUAUGGAAAACAAAAGCUAAAUUGGGUAAAUCGGUUGAAGGAUUUGAUUUAACCGAUUUUGAUAAUCUAAUUGAAAAAGCUCGAGAAAUUAGUGACACUCCAAUCGAACCACAAUCACUCUGGGAAUAUCCUUGUAAAGCAUUAACAAAUAACUCAGAGACAGUUUUCGAAUUUGAUUUUCGACUUGAAAAAUUAACCAAAAAAUCUAAAUACACAUUUGAGAAAUUAUUUAAAAUCGAUGGACCAAAUGAAUACAACAAUUUGGGUUUAACUUUUUGGGCUGAAUUUGAUUUUGCGAAUAAAAUUUUGAACUCUGGUCCAAUGGAAACAAUUAAAAAGGGUCAAUAUGUCUCAUGGAAUAGGAAUUGGAAACAAGGAAUGUCAAUUAUUCAAACAUCUCCAGUUGCAACUUUUUUGCCAAAAGAUUUUCAAGUUCAAUUAAAUAUCGAGUAUGAUUGUUCAAUCGGUUCUCUUAAUUUAAAAGCUCAACCUGUUGAUAAGAAAAUAAGUUAAUUUUUUUACAUUAAAAUUAAAUUCAUUAAAUUGAAGAGAAAUUCUGAUCAUUUAUUUGACUAAACUA